AUGAGAAUUUUGCAAGCUUUGCUUGUUGUGUUGGGUUUAACCCUCUGCCUCGCCUUACCCACCAAAAAUGACGUGGAACAAAAAUCCAUAUCCUAUGCCAGUGAGGCAUCUCAAAUAAUUGCCACACAUUUGCUAAAAUCUUUCAACGAUAUUGAUGGCAACCAGGUUCAUUCACCCUUGGGUGUAUCGACAAUGUUAGCCAUCUUGGCCGAAGCUUCACAGGGUGAUACCUAUGAUGAAUUCUAUAAAGUUCUUGGUUAUCCCAAAGAGAAAUCAGCACUUCGUGACUCCUUCCGGGCAAUUCUAUCGAAAUAUGAAGCAAAGAAAUACAAUAACGAACCAUCAUUCCAAUCAUGGUUGUAUAUCUAUCGUAACUUCUCGGCGCGUGAUGAUUUCAAACAACUUGUACAAGACUACUAUUUGGUUGAUGUUAAAGACAUCAAUCGUGAUGAUUACGAUUGGAGUGAACCCAAUACAUCAUUGGAUUUGGAUAGCCCAACGACGGCCAGCAACAGCAAAGAUGUGAUUGGCUUUGAGACAUUGAAACGUUUGAAGAUCGAUGACGAUGAUGAUGAUUUGGGUUUGGGCUUGACCACCGUUGGUGCAUACACCGAUGGCUAUGGCGAAGAGUUCAUUGAAAAGGAAACAUCGAAAUUCGAUCGGUUCGUUGAUGAUAAGCAGUAUGUGGAAAAACCUGAAAUCAUUGAAGAAUUGCAAAAGGAAAAAGAAAAACUAGCAGAACAAGAACUGACGAUAGGGCAACAAGAACAACAACAAGAAGAGGAAGAUUUGAAACUGACCACAGAGGAAGCUGUUGCUAGUACAACUGCUGCUGAAAAACUAGAAACUCUUGAUGAAAAACCAGCUGCAGACCAAGAAGAGGCCGCUAGCGAUGCUGCUGUUGAUCUCAACAAACGUGAAGAUGAUUUGAACUUGGAAGAAAACGAAACAGUCCAAGACAAAGAAAAACUGUUGAAAACAUUCAAAGAUGCUGCUGCUGAUGAUAACAUCAUACCCAUACAAGAAGUUCUUGAGUCCAAUGAACCUGAAAAGGUAUCGCUGCCAUUGGAAAAACUAGAAACGGUAUUAGAUGAUGCUUCUAAGGGGUCACCAGCUGAAAUAAUGUUGGCUUUGGAAUCGCAUGUUAGUGCUGCACGAAGUGCUUUUGGAGGUCGCAGCCUUUUCCAACGUGAUGAUAUCGCCUCGGCUUUGAGUGCCAAUUCGAUUACAGGUCGUGAUAUUGGUUCUAAAACUAAAAUGUUGCUGUUCAAUGGCCUAUACUAUCGUGGCAAUUGGGCAAAUAGUUUCCAUGAAAAACACGAUAUCGAUGAAUUCUUCUUUAUGACUGAAGAUGAUGCCAUGAAAACACCCAUGAUGCAUUCUCAGGGUAAAUUCCAUAUGGCGGAGUUGGAGGAUUUGAACGCUAAGGUUUUGUGUUUACCAUAUGAGAACAAAAAAUACUCUCUAAUGAUUGUGUUGCCCAACGAAUUGGAAGGUCUACAUGGACUGAUACAGAAAAUACAACCCGGUGACUUUAAGAGAUUCAAAUCGGUCAUGAAAGAACGUGAUUUACAUGUUGUCUUACCAAAAUUCCAAAUUGAAGAAACAUCCCGUUCCGAGUCGAUGCUUAAGAGUUUGGGUCUCACAAAGAUUUUCUCACGCAGUGAAGCUGAUCUAAGUUUGCUGUCCGAUGAUCGUGAUUUACAUGUUGAUGAAAUUGUCCAGUUUGUUAAUGUACGUGUCGAUGAAGGUGGUAAUUCGGUAAUAAGUCUCUCGGCUGCCGAUGCAGAAGGUCGCAAUAAGACCGAAGAACCAAUGGAAAUGUUUGAAAUCACCCAUCCUUUCUUGUAUUUCGUAAUGGAUUGUGAAUCAGAUUUUAUUUUGGUCUCAGGAAAAGUGCAUGCACCCGAAGUGCAGGAUGAGUUGCCGGUGGGUGUGACAGUGGAAUUUGAUCAAGCGUAGAUUUUAAGUUAAUUACAAAUGAACAGAAAAAACAAACAAC